GUGUUCAUUGUAGCAGAAUUGCAGUGCACUGGACUGUACAGAACUGGGUAGCAUCCACACUGUCUAUGAGGGUGCGGUCCGGCUGCACUGAAAGCAACAACACUGACAGACAGACAGAGAGAGAGAAGGAAUAAAAAAGAAGAGGAGGGAGAGAUAUCACCACAAGAGGAAUACAGCAAGGGAUGAAAGGAGACACCCCUGUGAACAGCACCAUGAGUGUCGGUCAGACCAGGAAGCUGGUGGAACAGCUUAAGAUCGAAGCCAGUUUUUGUCGAAUCAAGGUGUCUAAGGCAGCAGCGGACUUGAUGGCCUACUGUGACGCCCAUGCAUGUGAGGACCCUCUCAUCACCCCUGUGCCCACUUCAGAAAACCCGUUCAGGGAGAAAAAGUUCUUCUGUGCUCUGCUCUGAGCAGCACACAGGAAGGGCAGGAUUAGUCUCAUUUAGAUGAUAAUGAUUUGUGUAUGCACAUCACAAAACACAACACUCAACAAGACAUGACACAGCAAAAUAAAUCCCAAAUUAAGCUUUAAUAAAUGCAAAGUGGUUUCCAAAUUUCAGCAGCUGACAGCGCCAAAUUUACAAAAUCAUUCUCGUGAGAAUAUUUUUAUUCUCCUGUUUUUUUUGGGGAAACCUUGUUCCUUUUAAUUAAGGGGACAAAAUAACAUCAAGAUUGAUACAAAUUGAUUAGAUGAAAUCACACACUGAUACACACAUAUGCAAGCACAGUUUUUUAACUAAGCAAAAGGUAAUAGGUGCGGGUCUGGAUAUUUCAAUGAUUUCAAAUGUUAUUAUAUUCAAGACAUUGGUUUUGUUCUUCACAUAGCAUACUAUGGUGAUUUACAAAUUCUUUAUGUAUAUUUAGAUCUUUUUAUGUUUUGUUUGAGGUGGCUAUGUACACUGGUAGACAAACUGGUAGAGCUUUUAAAGUUUAGAUCAUUGUGAGAAAGUGAUACUGCUAAAACCUACACACCAGUACCACCAGUGCAUAGCACUCCUAAAGAGAUUAAAUGUUAUGUCCUAAAACCAAUUUAAUUUUUCUGACCACUAAAACAAGAGGUAGAGGUAUCAAGUCUCUAAGAGUUGGAAAUUAGCUUAAAAGAUGAAUUAUUGGAGAAAAAUGUAAAGAGAAUAUCUGUCAAAACUUGUGGUCCCAAGUAACAGAUUAAAUAAUGCAGACAGAAUCCAAUGAAGGAAUGAAUAAAACUUUUAAACACAA